ACUGGGACGGGCAGCGCCUGGACCCCCGGCCCCGCAGCUCUGAUUCACACCAUGGAGCCCAAGACCCCCGGGGCAACUGGCUGCCCUUUUCCACCUUCACCGCGCCACGUCCUUGCUGAAGAGAGACGUCUGCAGAAAGCCUUCCAGCAGCCGGAGCAGUGGCCAGAGCAGCAGCAAAGGCAGCAGCCGGAGCAGCACCAGCACCCUCCAAAUUGGGACUCUAGCCCUUUAAAUCUGCUCAGUUACCAAAAAAGAAGAGGCAUCAGACCCUGUUAAUUAAAGCUCGCCCUGGUCCAUCAUUCUGAGGAGCUGCAGUGGCUCUGCUCCUUCCUGAUGGCUUAGAGACUCUCCUUAACUCCCAGCCAUGGAUCUUGGAGAAUUUCCCCUGAGAGCAGCAGGAGAGUCUCAGUGUCUCCGCUGACGUUCCCUUGAUGGGCUCACAAAUCUUUCUGAGAACAUCGCCCUGGACCCCCCGAUGCGGCUGCCCGAGCAACCCGGAGCAGGGAAGCCUGAGAAUGAGGAAAAGGGGGGCAGAGGAGCCCCUGGAGGGGGAGAGGAGCCGCCGAGGAGCCGGGCCCCCGACUUCCCCACUUGGGAGAAGAUGCCUUUCCACCAUGUGACCGCUGGCCUGUUGUACAAAGGGAAUUACCUCAACCGAUCUCUCUCUGCUGGCAGCGACAGCGAGCAGCUGGCCAACAUCUCUGUGGAGGAGCUUGACGAAAUCCGAGAGGCCUUUCGGGUUCUGGACCGAGACGGCAAUGGCUUCAUCUCCAAGCAGGAGCUGGGAAUGGCCAUGCGAUCUUUGGGGUACAUGCCGAGUGAGGUGGAGCUGGCCAUCAUCAUGCAGCGUCUGGACAUGGACGGGGAUGGCCAGGUGGAUUUUGACGAAUUCAUGACAAUUCUUGGCCCCAAACUGGUGUCUUCAGAAGGUCGCGAUGGUUUUCUUGGAAACACAAUAGACAGCAUAUUCUGGCAGUUUGACAUGCAGAGGAUAACUCUGGAAGAGCUGAAGCACAUCCUCUAUCACGCCUUCCGGGACCACUUAACCAUGAAAGACAUUGAGAAUAUCAUUAUCAAUGAGGAGGAGAGCCUGAACGAGACCUCGGGGAACUGCCAGACAGAGUUUGAGGGCGUGCAUUCCCAGAAGCAGAACCGGCAGACCUGCGUCCGGAAGAGCCUCAUCUGCGCCUUCGCCAUGGCCUUCAUCAUAAGCGUCAUGCUGAUCGCAGCCAACCAGAUCCUCCGGAGCGGCAUGGAGUAGCAGCCUCCCCAGCAGCUGCCUUCCCGGCUCCCGCAUGUGCUUGCCCUGCGGGCAGACCCCUCCUCCGCAAAAGCAGAGACGGGACCGUGCAGAUGCGAGCACAGUCCAGCGAAGAACCCAAGGUUGCAGUGCAACCCGUGUUGUUGCAAACCCACUUCAUCCCCUUGGCAGGUACACAAAAGGGCUGUCUUCAAAAUGCUUUAAUGGUCUUGUUUCCUAAUGCAAUAAAUAAGCCAGGAGUUCCAGAUGACGGCUUCGACCACCUGUAGGAACUCUCCAGAGAAACUGCAUUUUCAUCUCGGAAUUCCAACGGCCAUCCAGGUUGGUGGCGUAAGAGAACAAGAGAGAGGUUGGACACACAGUCACCUCCGUGCCCCAUUCUUUCAACCCAGGGGUCGAAUGGAGACUCCUCGCCCCCACCGCCUCCCCAGGUCAACCCUCAGUCCCUAGAGGCUGACUUCCAGGUUGUUGCAGGAUUGGGGGCUUCUCAUCCCACCGCCCUGGCUUCCUUCCUCCACCCAGUGGAGCUUCACCCCCACCCCAAGGCAUGAGGGGAAAGCCAUUGAAGCGGGUGCAGCACCCAGCCGUCUGCAGGUUGCACUCCCUUCGCUUCCGUUCUACUGCCUUUUUCUACGGGACUCUUUGUGGGCAGAGCUGGAGAGCUCUCGGUGGUUUCCGUAGGCACUUGGCUUUCUGUUCCUAGAGCCCAUCGCGCACCAGCAUUUUGGAAUCUGCAGAGAGCCUUUCUCCCAGCUUUGCCGCCUGUGCUGCCAUUUAGACAAAAAAAAAAAAAAAA